CUCUGAUUGCCGUGUUGGCGGCCACCCUGGCGGUCGCCAGCUGGGCUGCUCCGGAAGCCAGCGGAGGCUAUGGCUCUGGUGGAGGUGGAGGAGGCUCCUUCGGUGGGGGAGGAGGCCAUGGCAUCGGUGGGGGUGCAGGAGGCUCCUUCGGUGGAGGAGGAGCAGAGGGAUAUGGCUCUGGAGGAAGAGGAGGAGGACUUGGCUCCGGAGGGGGAACUGCGACCAUCAACUUCAAUCUUGGAGCACCUAAAGGCUCGUCUGGCGGAGGCCUCGGAGGUGGACACGGAGGCGGUUCCAGCGGAGGAUUUGGCGGAGGCUUCGGAGGUGGAUCUGGAGGUGGAUACAGUGGCGGUUCCAGUGGAGGCUUCGGAGGGGGACACGGAGGCGGUUCCAGUGGGGGCUCCGGCGGCAGCUCAGUGGGAGGAGGAUACGGCAAAUGAAGAAGGCUUCCCUUUCCAGGCGAAAGCGUGUCUCGAUUGUCAGCAUUUAUAGAUUAAACAAUACAAUAAUC